GAUGCGCCUAUACGGCCCCGUAAUCAUGCGUCCGUCCAAAGUGCAAUCGUGGCCGUCCGAUUGUGGACGGCAGCGAUGACUUUAAUAUCCUAUCUAACACGGUUCUAGACGGUUCUCAUUUCAUCCAUCCGUUGCCCGUAUUAUGCGGCCUCUCUCCCCGCACGCAGGCCACCUUUGUCUUUGCCUCUCUUCCUCCCCUCCUCUCGGUCCCUCCCUCGCUCGCACGCACUUAUUACACACUAGGGUUUCUUAGCUUCGAAAAUCAGCUCAAAUGGCGAAGACGAAACCCGGGAAGAAGGACCUCGACUCCUACACCAUCCAGGGCACCAACAAGGUCGUCAAAGUGGGGGACGCUGUACUGAUGCGGCCGUCGGACUCGGAGAAGCCGCCGUACGUGGCGCGGGUGGAGAAGAUCGAGGCGGACCACCGCAACAACGUGCGGGUGCGCGUCCGGUGGUACUACCGGCCGGAGGAGUCGAUCGGGGGCCGCCGGCAGUUCCACGGCGCCAAGGAGCUCUUCCUCUCCGACCACUACGACGUCCAGAGCGCCCACACCAUCGAGGGCAGGUGCAUCGUCCACUCCUUCAAGAGCUACACCAAGCUCGAGAACGUCGGCGCCGAGGACUACUUCUGCCGCUUCGAGUACAAGGCCGCCACCGGCGCCUUCACCCCUGACCGCGUCGCCGUGUAUUGCAAGUGUGAGAUGCCUUACAACCCUGACGAUCUCAUGAUACAGUGCGAGGGAUGCAAGGAUUGGUUUCACCCAUCUUGUAUGGGAUUGACCAUUGAGCAGGCCAAAAAGUUAGAUAACUUCUUGUGUACAGAUUGUACAUCUGUAGAUUAUGCCAAAGUAAAUCUGGAUGCAUCAACUGUAUCACCAAACUCUGAGCCUAAGGUGGAACCAAAAAGAAGGAAGAGGUGAUCGCCGAGCGGAAGGGUGGUUUGUCAGGAGGAACGCAGUUUAUUGUUGAGGUAGCUCUUUGAUAUCAAUGGUAUUUGAAAGAAUGUACAGUGUAGAGCUGAAGUUGGUUGUUCUUAAUGGUAAGUUUGGUUGCAGCUGUCCAGGAAAAGUGCAUUAAGGAUGUUUGAUAUUUAGGAUGAGUUGCAAAUCCUGAACAGAAGGCAAGUAAGAGAAAAUGUGAGACGUUCCUAUUAUCUGCUUAUCACUAGGAAUAUUUUGUCAGAGGCAAUGUAAUGAAUUUAAGUGUUAAAAUUUUGCAUGGACGGUAAAGAGAUCAUAGAUCAUUAUGUAAAGUGCUUGGCUAAUAAUGGAAAAUGGGGUGAAAUUGUAUGAUGGGUUCAAAACCUUUGCAGCUUUACAGCAUAUUUCAGUUUGCUCCCCAGACAAAAUCCAACAUCGAGGGACCUAAUUUAACAAUAAAAAAGGAUGGGGAUCAAACUACAAGGUAAAUGGUUUGAGGACUCUUCAGGCAGUUUUCACAAUUUCAAAUGAUCAA